UUAACGGUUAGAGUAAAAGGGGAGGAGCCAGCGCCUUCAAUGUUGCGGGCGGGCGCGUCAGGCCCGAGUCUCGGUGCGGCUGCGCGGUGAUCGAGCGGCGGAUUCGAACGGUCCCGGGGCCAGGCAGGGGCGGUUGGACCCGCGCGUGAAUUACGGGCCCCCCGCGGUGGCGGGGAGGAUGAAGCGAGCGGCGCCUCGCAGCACCCUGCGGAACCUGAUAAAGAGACACAAGCCCCAGCUUCGUCUGGCGGCCAACGCCGACCUGCUGGUGCAUUUGAACUUCUUACUGUUUCUCCAUCGAUUAGCAGAAGAAGCCAGGGCAAAUGCUUUCGAGAACAAGAGUAAAACAAUUAAAUCUGAACAUGCCAUGGCGGCAGCAAAGGUUAUCUUAAAGAAGAGCAGAGGCUAGGAAAUCAAGAAGUACUCUCUCUAAUCCUGCUUGCUUUACCCAGUGUAAAGAUCCUCAGUUGGUAUAAAUAAGCAUAAUUUCAUUUACGUCAGUUUACCUUUGAGGAAUUGGGCUUAUGUUUUUAAGAAACAUUCAUGUUUAUAUGUGAUAUGCAUUCCUUUAUACAUGGGUCUCUUAUCAAAGCAUGAGGCAAACACUUGUGGUGAAAGUAGGGUUUUUUUUUUGUUUUUUUUAAAUAUAAUGUAAGUUUUCGGCUGCAUCUUCAACUAAAAUACUGGGAAAAGCCUACAGCAUUUCCCUUCCAUGUGUUUACUGUAGUCAUAUUCCUAAUUAGAAAGUGUUUCUUCUUAUAUUAAUCAUUCUAAGAGAGACUUAUUAAUGAGGAGUUUACUCUGCAUGUCAGUUUAGUUCUUCUUGUUAUACAGACAAAAUGUUGGCUUCUUAAAGAAGACUGACAGUCUGACAAUGUUGCAUCAAAUAUCUUGGUUUCAGAUUGUUUAUAAAUGUCUUGUUUCACAGCCUUAAUUAGUGAAAUAAUUUUAAAGAACAGCACAAGUUACUUGAAUAAACCUUCUAUAUUUUUUGGGACUGGUAAUAGGAUACAGAAGCUUUAUUUUUAGAUGGUGCCCUAACUUCUCCCAAAAUUGCUCCAUUGACUAUCCCGUGGUUUAUGUCAAAUGAGCUGAUGGUCUUAAUUCAGGUCCUUGUGGACAGGUGCACUUCAUAAAAACAACCACUACAACUGACAUCAAUUGCUAUGCUUGAAAUUAGACCUAGAAGAGGCAUCAAGGAUACUAUGCUGCUCUCUGCACCCUUCUUUUCUCUGGGUUGAGUCUCAGUGGUGUGUGGAUAUGUUGUAUGUAUUUUACAUAUAUAGUGCUUCAAUUUCAAGUGUCUGGAAUCCUUAUGAAACUCUACUUUUUAAAAUGUAGACUUGUAUCUUAUUCUUUCAUGCGAUAACACUUUGUUCUUUUGUGUUACUUUGACUUAUGUAACAUUAGUUAACAGUGCUUCAUGUAUGCAUAUCAGUUAAUUAUUUUUCAUUGAACAGAAAAAAAAUAAAAGCUUUUUGUAUA